ACGGCCGGCUGGCGCGCUUGCGCACUGUGGGCGCGUUUGACGCGCCGUCCGAGGCCGAGAUGCGGCGUGCCGUCCCCCCGCCAGUCCACAGUCGCCAGCUACCAACAGACAGCAUGCGCGCGGCUACGCAGGUCGGCCUCCUUUUGGUGGUGGCCCUAGCAUUGGCUGCCGCCGGUGACGAAGACACGACGCCGCUGGACUCCUCCACUGGGUCACCAACCAACUCUGCCGACGAGGAAUCUUCUAGCAGCGAAAAUGCUGCUAUGCUCUCAGGUGGUGAGCGCCGCGGUCGCGUCACUUGCUACUUCGAGAGCUGGGCUGUGUACCGGAAAAGGUUACGGUACGGCAUUGAGGACAUUCCAGGAGAUAUGUGUACACACAUCAUCUAUUCGUUCGUCGGGCUCAACAACGUCACGUGGGAGCUUCAAGUACUCGACGAGAAGCUGGACGUGCAAGAUGGCGGCUUUGAGAACUUCACGGCGCUGAGGCAGGAGUUUCCCGGUGUGCGGCUGCAGGUGGCACUGGGAGGUUGGGCGGAGGGCGGCCACAACUACUCGGCCAUGGUCGGCGACCCCGCCAGGAGGGCCAGCCUAGUGCGCAGCGCCGUCGCUUUCCUGCACAGGUAUGGUUUCGACGGCUUCGACGUGGACUGGGAGUACCCGGGCAAUGCGCCACGAGGAGGAGUGCCAGAGGACAAAGAUGACUUCCUGUGCUUCAUGCAGGAGCUGCGGGCCGCCUUCGACGCGGAGGGUCUGGGCUGGGAGCUGACCAUGGCGGUGCCACUCACAGAGGACAAACUCCGCGACGGCUUCCACGUGCCGCAGCUCUGCAGCAUUGUGGACGCAGUCCACGUCAUGGCUUACGACUUACGUGGGGAGUGGGACCACUUUGCUGACGUCCACAGUCCUCUUUAUCGGAGGCCCCACGACACGGGAGCUUACGCCAAAAUAAACACGCACGACGGCUUACUUCUGUGGGAGCAACUGGGCUGCCCUGCAGACAAGCUCGUUGUUGGGGUGCCAUUCUACGGCCACGCCUACAAACUGUGUGCCAAUGUCACCGACUACUCUCCCGGCGCUUGUAUCGUUCCGUGCACCAGAAAUGACGUCUGUGGAAUGAGCUAUUACCAGAUAUGUAACGAAAUUCAGAAUGUUGGUGAAUGGACUGUGAAAUGGGACAAAUAUGGCAUGGUUCCAUAUGCUUACAAAGGAAGAACAUGGGUAGGCUAUGAGAAUCCCCAUAGCCUUCAAAUAAAGAUGAACUUCAUAAAACAUAAAGGCUAUGCAGGUGCUAUGAUGUGGGCUAUAGAUGAAGAUGAUUUUCAAGGGCUAUGUGGUGAACCAAAUCCUCUUCUUAGUGUUCUCCAUAACAACAUGAAGGAAUAUGUGGUUCCAGAAUCAAAGAAAACAAAUGCUAUGGAAUCUGACAUGAUGCUGGAUCUCAACUGCAAAAGGAUACGACAGCAGCCAAAACUUUCACAGAAAGGUUCACCUGAGGUUUCUGAAAGCACUGCGAAUGAAACUCAGGAAGCACUCAGUUGUAAUACCACAACAGAACGUAAUGAAGAAUUAAACUUGUCCACUACAACAUAAAAUAGCACGUUUAGUUUCAAAAAACAUGUGCCAACAAAAAAUAUUUACUUUGAAACAGUUUAGGAAUGAUAUCUCUCAAUGAAACUAGACAAUGAUAGCAGUUAAGGUUCUGUUGCCAGUUCUGAAAAAUGUGAAUCAAAUUAAACUUCCAAUUUCACUGUAUUUCAGUGCUUUAAAAUGUCAAUAAAUGAUUGUCAAUAAA